AUUUUUUGUUCGAUAUGACAUAUGUAGCAUUUAAUGGGUAAUUGUGCAGGAAAGCACGUCUCUCCUCCUCCUACAGAACAAAGUAGCGAUGUUAAUGCGUUGCAUAAUCCGUGUGAGACCUCCAAAUAUGUCGUGAGAACAAGUUCUCAACCUAUUGACUUGUGUGAUAGUUUCAAAUCUAAUUCCUUAAAAGUAAUUCACGAAGACGGAUUAAUAAAUGAACUCGGAAUAACAAAAGAGCAUGAAAAAGUUUCAUCCAGCGUAACUCGCGAGAGAUUUUCUACUGGGAGAGAUUUGUCUUUUGGGAGCAAGUCCAAUCUAUCAACUCCGAAAACUUCUCUUGUCAAUGUUUUCGCAGGAAGCCAUUGCACUGAAGGUCUUCAGGAAACAGUACUUUCUAGUAGCUUUCACUUUCCGAGAUUGGCUUUAGAGCAGAUGACAAGAGAUAUGAGGGUUCAUCAUUCUGGCGUACGAAACAGUGCGAAUUUCGAUUACUUAGAUAAUAAGCAUCCUGUGAGUCCCGUUCACUGGUGCGUUUCCUCAAGUAAGCCAUCAGAUGAGAUUACUAUGCAGAAACUAAGUUCACCACAUCGGAGUAAUAUCCAUGUACAAUCACAUUCGCAUUUACAACAACAUUCCUCGUUGAAUAUUAUGCCUUUCUUGGUUGGCAACAGGUAUUCCCGAAGUGGCUGUGCAAGUGUCACUCGAAGCGCAAUGGAAUCCCCACUCACAAUCGAUUCAGGGACUCACAAAUCGGACAAACCGUAUAGAUCAUCUGUUGUUGUUGACUCCAAUCGUCUGAAGAAUCUUGAGCAAAAUGGAGGAACAGUUAGCACUGCUGCAACAAUUUUUAUGGAAAAUGGUAGUUCAGAUCAUCAUUCUUCCGUUGGUGGUCUUUCAACUCGUUAUCUUGUUCAUCAGCCUUAUUUUCCUCCAAGUGCUGGCUCAUCCAGUCGUCUUAGUUUGGGUUCGGUUGGUCCAUGUAUUAAUUCGAAGAAGUUCUACCCUCUUACACAAGAAAACUCCCAUAACAGUGAAUACUAUCACGUUGCCAUUUUUGACUAUGAAGCUCAUACAUCAGAGGAAGUUAGCGCACGAAAGGGUGAUCAACUUCGAGUUUUGGAUUUAAGUGAUUCAGAAUGGUGGUUAGUUGAACAUUCUGGACAAGUUGGUUACAUUCCAUCAUCUUAUUUAGCUCAAGCCAAUUCUGUUGAAGCUGAAGAUCUUCUUUUCUUGCCAUUAACGGUGCAUCAUCUUCCUGCGAACUAUAGUUGGUACUUCCGAAGUAUAUCAAGAAAAGAUUCAGAACGUCUUUUAUUAUUAAAAGGAAAUAUUCGUGGGACAUUUCUGGUUCGAGCUAGUGAAACAACAAAUGGUGCUCUAUCCUUGUCAGUGCGUGAUACAGAACAACAAAGAGGUGAAACUGUAAAACAUUAUAAAAUUAAACAAUCUUCUGAAACUGGUGAUGUGUAUAUAACUACAAAACAAGUCUUUCCUGAUUUAAAAUCAUUAGUUAUUCAUUAUUCUAAUCAAGCGGAUGGUUUAUGUUGUUGUCUUACACGUCCAUGUCCAAGACCACCUCCUGUACCAACUGAUUUAUCAAGAUUAACAAGAGAUCAAUGGGAAAUUUCACGUUCCUCAUUGAAAUUAAUUGAAUUAUUAGGUGCUGGUCAAUUUGGUGAAGUUUGGAAAGGAAAAUGGAAUGAAACUAUUGAAGUUGCUGUGAAAACAUUAAAACAAGGUACAAUGACUAAAGAAGAAUUUCUUAAAGAAGCACGUAUUAUGAAACAAUUACAUCAUCCAAGACUUGUACGUUUAUAUGCUGUAGUUACAGCUGAACCAAUUUAUAUUAUUACUGAAUUAAUGAAAAAUGGUAGUUUAUUAAAAUAUUUACGUGAUGGUCCUGGCAAAGAAUUAGGAUUGAAACCAUUAAUUGAUAUGAUGGCACAGAUUGCCAGUGGUAUGGCUUAUUUAGAAAAGGAGCAUUAUAUUCAUCGUGAUUUAGCCGCAAGAAAUAUACUUGUCGGUGAAAAUAAUUCAGUGAAAGUUGCUGAUUUUGGAUUAGCUCGAAUUAUUGAUAGUGGAAAUGAAACAUAUACAGCUAAACAAGGCGCUAAAUUUCCUAUAAAAUGGACUGCACCAGAAGCUGCAUUAAUGGGUAGAUUUACAAUUAAAUCAGAUGUAUGGUCAUUUGGUAUUGUUAUAUAUGAAAUUAUUACUUAUGGACAAGUACCAUUUCCAUCAAUGAAUAAUACAGAAACAUUACAACAAGUAGAAAAUGGUUAUCGUAUGCCAUGUCCAUUAAAUUGUCCUAAUUCUAUAUAUGAAAUAAUGUUAAAUACAUGGGAUGCUAAACCAGAAUGUAGACCAACAUUUGCUUUUUUAUGUAAUUAUUUUGAAGAUUAUUUUACAUCAUCUGAAUUAUCAUAUCGUCCAGCUGAUAAUACUAAUAAUAUUGAUAAUGUUGAUGAAAAUGCUGAUGAUGAUAUUCGAAUGUUUCAUUGUAAUAAUAUAAAUGAUCAUGAUUAUCGUCAAAAUAAACAUCAUUUAGAGAAACGUAAAUUAAAUUCAACUUUAUUAAGUCAAGAUACAACUAUCCUAUAUGAUCAACGUAAUAAUAAUAAUACGAAUACGAAUACGAAUAAUAAACAAAAUGAACAUUCUCCAUCGCAUCAUUUCAAUGAGAGUUUAAUGACAACACAACAAUUAUCAAAUUCAUCACAUAUUUGUACAGUUCAAAUAUGUUAA